AUGGAGGCUGACAAUUUGUGUCGCUUCUUUGAAGAAGAGCUGACAGCAUUGGAGCUUUCGAUUCGAUUGUCCCAAAAUGAGCGCUUCCUCGUUCCAUUAGAACAGAGGUGCUCACAUUUUCUCAAACUUAAGGUGCGAUGGUCAAAUGCACUAGCAUCUUCGGUUCGAUUUAGCAGCCGUGCAAAAGAGGCACUAAACAGGGCUAUAAUUUACUCUGGAGGUACUCAUGGUACCCCUCUUCAUUUGACGAGUGUGAUAGUGCAGGAUCCUGUUCCGGAGGAUGAGCCACUACUGCCCGAGGCAGAUGACCCCAUAGAGGUUGAGCCAGAGCAAGCUGCACUUGCCGACAUUCUGGAGGGUCAUAGUGCUGGAGCGGAUUUCAAUGAGGAUCAAGACUUAGUGUCUAAUGUUUGUGCUGACAUGGUCUGGGAUUGCCCUGAGUGUUACGACUAG